ACCACGCGGCCCAUGCGUUUUGGCUUCAUCCUCACCCAGGCUGUCUUCUCCGCAUUUCCUGUCCUUUGCUUCUUGGCCUUUGUCUUCUCUGUCCUCUCCGCCUUUUCCACCGUUUUUCUCUUCGGGACUCUUUUCUGCAUUGGCAUUGCCCUCCUCGUCCUGAUCCCCAUCUUAGUCCUCACGUCGGGCGCUGCCCUGUUUACCUGGGGCCUUGGCGCGGCAAGCUUCAUUCUUGGCCAAUGGAUCUACACCGUGCUGCGGGACACCGCCGCCAACUUCAAUGAAGAACUCGGCAACCACCAACAGGAUAAGGUGCCCGUCCGGCCCCGUCUCGCCCCUCCAGCCGGCCCUUCGUCUUCCUCAUCCGCCACCUCGUGGGCCAGGGUCGAACGGCAGCCAACGAACCAAGGAGGCGAGUCGGAAGCGCAGCAGAAGGAAUCCGCACACCCCGAUCCGGGCUCCGAUGUGGAUGCUCUCGAGCCGUAGGCGCCGCGCGGGAGCAUGCCACACGACGGUGCCCGCGGCAGCGGUGCGGGCG